UCUUGUCUUGCACAUGCUGAAAUUUAUCGGGUAAAAUCUUCGAAGAUAGAGAUGCGAGCCGGAUUGUCCUCCCGGCAUUUGAUGUCGGGAAUAUGGCGGGGAAGAUGGAAUGGUUCCACGACCUGACUGGACAUCCUUACGGUCCCUGACGCGUCAUAUAGUAUUAUUCACCCUAACUUAAUUAUCGGUUUGUCUUUUAAGUUAAUAAGCCCUUGAACACGUAGACAGUCUCCUACCAUCUUAAGCAUUCUCAUCAUGGAUCCCAAAGACGUCGAGGUUCCCCCAUUGAAAGACCUCACCAUUGACAACAUCACGGAGAAUGUACAUGCCAUCAACUCAAGAUGCGAAGAUCCGCGCUUCAAGUAUAUCCUCGAACGAAUUGUCACACAUCUACAUGAUUUUGCAAGGGAGAUCAGACUCAGUUUCAGUGAGUGGGAGGAGGGGAUUAAGUUUCUCAUCGAAGUUGGGCAGAUAAGUUCCGCAACUCGCAAUGAAUAUAUUUUGCUGUCCGACGUGCUAGGACUAUCAAUCUUGGUCGACAGUAUCGACCAUCCUAAACCGCCGGCCUCAACGGAUGGCACUGUACUAGGCCCUUUCCAUACUCAUGAUGCAGAACUCGCAGCACACGGUGCCAAUAUCACCCACGAUGCGGAUGGCCAACCUUGCCUUAUACUAUGCACCGUGAAAGACAUGGCCGGCAACCCCAUCGAGGACGUGAAGAUCGACAUUUGGGAGACUGACUCUCACGGGUUCUACGAUGUCCAGCGACCAGGUAGGAUAGAGCCGGAUGGGCGGGCGGUAUUGCAGAGCGCUGCCGACGGGUCGUUUUGGUUCAAAGCGAUAGUCCCUGUGCCAUAUACGAUACCGGACGAUGGGCCGGUUGGGAAGCUGUUGAAGAUCAUGAAGCGACAUGCAUAUCGACCAAGCCAUAUGCAUUUCAUGUUUGAGAAGCCGGGAUAUGACCAUCUCGUCACGUCUCUAUUCCUUCGAGGAGAUCCGUACGAGACCUCUGAUGCUGUAUUCGGCGUUAAGGAGUCCUUACUCACCGAUCUGGGAACUGUCAAUCCUGAACAAGAAAAGACUUACGACGUGAAGGAAGGAAGCAAACUGAUCAAAUACGAUUUUGUUUUGGUCACUGAGCAGGAGACAAGAGAAUUGCGAGAAAAGAAUGCAAUGCAGGCGAUGCAAAAUCUAGGGUUACGGAUGAAGAUCUACCAUGGUCUGCCCGUUCCUGAUGUAGACUAA